AUGGAGUUAAACAAGAUGUGUUAUACAACUAAUGAAGUACGUUGCAUAAGAAGGAAGUAGUGCAGCGAUUUUAGAAUAAAUUUAGUUGCGUAACUGAUGCUUUGGGUUAAAAUUGCGACUUUCAUUAAAAUCAAUUUAAAAUAAAAAAGUAGCAAAACUUAUUUUUUUUGAACCAUUUAUUCAUUAUCAAUAAUGAUAGGAUUAUGACAAUCUAUUAAAUUGUGUUACUUCAGAAAAAACGUAUGUAAAAUUAGACCUGUAACAUGCAAUGUUUUUGCUGGAUUGAUGUUCAUUAGUUAAUAAAAUUAUGUAUGGUGCAAAUAAAUACAAAUAAAGAUAAUGUUCUCACUCUCCAGUUCAUAAUAAUCAUAACGAUUUUCUGGUAUAUGGGAAUUUUAAGGAAAUUAAAUGGGGAAUGGUAACAGACACCUUAUGUAUUUGAGGAGAUAUUGCAGGGGUAAUAUUGUGAAUUUGCUUCUAAUAAACAGAGGCAUUUUCUCAUAGACAUAUGUGAAUCAGUAGAAUGUAAGUUGAAUGAAAUUACCAAACUCCAGAACAUUACAAGAAAAACAAUUUUUUGUUAACUUCAGGGUAAAGUAUGUUAUAAUAAUCGAUGA